AUAAACUAAACCAAUCAUAGUUUUGAGCUCCAUCCUCUUGGCUCCUCUACUCUCUGUUAUAAAUCGUAAUAGAACGCGAAUCCUCAAUACUGAUUGGCUUUUAAUAUUUCUUUAUUUUUCUUUUAAUUUAUUUGUGUCUAAAUUUGAUCAUCUAUUUACUAUUGUUUGUGUCUCACCUUUAACAAUUUGACUGUUUAGCUUUUCCUUACAGUUGCUUCCCAUAGAAUCUUCUUUGAUGCCAUCAUCUGAUCAUUCAUCAACACCCAAUACAACUUCGCCUUCAAUGGAACAACGAAAAGGAGACUUUAGUGUAUAUGCUGUCCAAACAAGACCCAAACUUGUCGCAGAGAAGCCUGGUCUUAGUGAAGACGAACUGCAAAAAAUGUUAGAAGCUCGAUGGAAUAAUCUGUCAGAUGAUCAGAAGGCAGAAUAUUUUGCUCGUGAAACUAAUGGUACAGACAAGACGUCUGCUGUAAAAUCACCGGUUAAACAAGAAGCAGCGGCUCCUCGAGGACGAAGGCGUAGUAGUGAAUUAAGAUUGAAUUUUGAAAAUGGUGAUGCCUCGAAAUUUCGUGAAUUGACGAAGAAAGAUGCUGCAACCCAGUUAGCAGCUGAAUUAGACAAAUUGUUAGCCCCUGUGCCUUGUGAUCAAAGACCACAAUUAGAAGAGGAUUUUUGUGGUUUUAACAAAUUAUUCAAAAAAUUUAUAGAUGGAACAGGCCCUUCCUUAGUAUGGGACAAGAUAGAGCCUCUGCAAUCUGAUGCAAUAAUCAAUUAUGAUUCCCUUUCAUCACCAACUGUUGAUGAAAUUCGUACCUUGUUAACGAAAUUGGUUGUUGUUAAAUUAAAUGGUGGUCUUGGGACAUCAAUGGGUUGUGUUGGACCCAAAUCAUUGAUACCAGUUCGCAACGAGUUGACUUUUCUCGAUCUUACAGUACAAAACAUUGAACAAUUAAACAAGGCUUAUGGUGUUGAUGUACCUUUGGUUUUGAUGAAUUCUUUCAAUACAGAUGCAGAUACUCAAAAAGUAUCCAGAAAAUAUCGAGGUUGUAAAGUUUCAAUAUACACCUUUCUGCAAAGUCGAUAUCCUCGGUUGAACAAAGAAACAUUACUUCCUAUUGCAACGUCCAUAGACAGUGAUCCAGAAGAUUGGUAUCCACCAGGUCAUGGUGAUUUUUAUGAAAGCUUUGCCAAAUCGGGUUUACUUGCUGAUUUUCUUGCUGAAGGUAGAGAAUAUGUUUUUAUUUCUAACAUUGAUAAUCUUGGAGCCACAGUUGACUUGAAUAUAUUGAAAUUUUUGUUGGAUGCUAAACGAGUAAAUAGACCAUCAUUUUUGAUGGAAGUAACGGACAAAACUCAGGCUGACGUAAAGGGUGGAACCUUGAUUCAAUAUGAGGGUAAAUUAAGGUUAUUGGAAAUUGCUCAGGUUCCCAAGGAACAUGUGGAUGAAUUUAAAUCGGUGAAAAAAUUUAAAAUCUUCAAUACCAAUAACUUAUGGGUUAGUCUGGAAUCAAUUGAUGGUUUACUAAAAUCUGAUGGAAUUAACAUGGAAAUUAUUGUCAAUCCUAAAAGUUUGGAGAAUGGUUUAAAUGUAAUCCAAUUAGAAACUGCUGCUGGUGCAGCAAUGAAAGACUUUGAAAAUCCAGUUGGAAUUAAUGUGCCCCGUUCUCGAUUUUUACCGGUCAAAAAGACUCAAGAUUUACUUUUAGUGAUGUCCAAUUUGUAUUCACUUAAUCAAGGUUGCCUCAAAGUGAAUCCAGCUCGACCUUUCCCAACUGUUCCUCUAGUUAAAUUAGGUGAUGCUCAUUUUGCCAAAGUUCGAGACUUUUUAUCUCGAUUCGCUUCAAUACCCGAUAUGCUAGAGCUUAAUCAUUUAACAGUUUCUGGAGAUGUUACUUUUGGACGAGGCGUCAAGCUUCAAGGAACAGUUAUUAUUAUUGCAAAUCACGGAGAUAGAAUAGAUAUUCCUGCCGGUUCAGUCCUUGAAAAUAAAAUUGUUUCAGGUAAUCUUAGAAUUUUAGAUCACUGAGAUUAAUCAGUGAAAUGCAAGUUGAUUAUAAUCUAUUGUUUUGGAUCUGAUAGUUUUUUGCUGUUUUAAAUUAUUGUAUUAUUAACGUGUCCUAUUAUCUAAUUAUUGUUAAUGUUCAUCCCCUAAAAAUUUUAAAUUAAAGUAAUAUUUAGUAUUAAAAUU